CCCGUACAUACGACGAAAUGCUGUCUAAAGACAGAGCCACGUUUCUAUCAGACUAUGUUAACAUGAUACAGCUGCGCCGAUGGACCGAGACGGAGGAAGACGACGACGAGGAUGAGGACAUGACCUAUCUGGAAGACCGGUCUCUUGAGAACAACCCGCCGACCGCUGGAGAUCUCGGGCGAGAGAUUCUGCCCUUCGGGCCCGAAACGGUGGCCAAGUUUCUCAACCAUGAGGAGAUACAAGCGAUCUUCCGCAAAACGUAUCUAGAACCGGUACUGCUGAUCGUCGGCUUCCGCCGCCUCCCAAUCGACAUGGUCCCGGUGCUUCUGGAGUUUGACAUCAUGCACGAGUCACGUAAGCCUUAUUUAUACCUUCGGUCACAGAUCGUGAUGGAUCCACAGGCGAGCGAUAUCCGGGUUAUUGAAUUCAUUAUUGAGGUUGUUCGGUUUAUCAUGAGCAAAGAAUGCCGGGAGGAAUUUGGAGAGGACAUGGUCAACCCUCUAGAUCUUGCGCCGAAAAACCUGGUUUACAUCGCGGCGAUGAUGAUAGAUCUGCUUGCCAGACAGGCCACAGGACUUGAGCUGGACCUGGAUAACUGGUCGGUAGGCUACCCUAGUAGUACUUGUUAUGGUGUCAAUGAUGACGAGGAUUUUCCGGUAUUUUGAGACAAUUGUAAAUGAAGGAUACCUAGGUAGUACGCAGAAUGCGUAGUGCAUUACCAUUUAAACUAUAGCUAAAUCAAAC